UUUGGGCUGCUAACUGUGUUGAAUGUUUAGUCGCAUUCUCAAACUUAUAGAUACAAAAAAUAGACAGCUACUUGUGUCUUUGAAGAAUUUGUAAUUUGCAAAGAAACUAUGCGUUUUCUAAGUUUUGUAAUUGUUACGGUUUUAGUGUGUCUAAACGUUUGCCUACUUGGCUAUAGUGAUGAGUUAUCGGAGGCAGAUGGAAAAGUUGAGGUAUCCAUGGAAGUGUUUAUACGUGGAAAUAAUUUAACGAUGUCUUACAAAAUCGAACCAUUGCCCAACUCGUAUGCGCACCUCGGUGAAGGUCCACACUGGGAUGUCGAGAAGCAGAGUCUCUACUAUGUUGAUAUCGAAGCUGGCAAGAUACUGCGCUAUGACUACCUAGAGGAUAAGGUUUACCAUAGCAAAGUUGAAGGCGUUGAACUGGCCGCCUUCAUUGUGCCGAUCGAGGCGCAGGAUGGCAAAUUCGUUAUUGGUGCUGGCCGUCGUGUACUUAUUGUCAAUUGGGAUGGCGUUUCGCCGACAAGCAAAGUAGAGCGUGUACUCUUUGAAGUGCAACAGGACGAACAGUAUGUGGUUAAUCGUUUUAACGAUGGCAAAGCUGAUCCACGUGGACGUCUCUUUGCCGGCACCAUGCGUUAUGUGGGCGAUGAGUUCAAAGAUCGUUGGGGUGAAUUGUACAAGUAUGAAAAGGGUGGCAAGGUGUCGGUGGUGAAGACGGAUGUGGGCAUCUCCAAUGGUUUGGCAUGGAAUGAGAAGACGAAUAAGUUCUAUUAUAUUGAUACGACGGACUAUGAAGUGAAGGAAUACGAUUAUGACUUUGAUGCUGGUGUACCAACUAAACCAAAAGUCGUUUUCGAUUUGCGCCGACCGGAGCCGGAGGGCAAUACCUUGCCCGACGGUUUGACCAUAGACAGUGAUGGUAAUCUCUAUGUAGCCACUUUCAAUGGUCACACCGUAUACAAGGUCAAUCCAAGCACCGGCAAAGUGCUUUUGGAAAUCAAAAUGCCUUGCAAGCAAAUCACAUCUGCCGCCUGGGGUGGUCCCAAUCUCGAUAUCUUAUAUGUGACAACAUCGGCCAAAUUUGAUCAACCCGCUCCGGCUGGCACCACUUACAAGAUUACUGGCUUGGGCGCUAAGGGUUUGCCUAUGAGCAAGGUUCAGCUAUAAUCAUACUACAUACUUACAUUAUGUAAAGAAUUUUUAUACGUUUCUUAUUAAAUUUACACCAUAAAAAAAUACAAAUAUGAUUUUUAACAAGUUUAAA